GUAAAUAAUCUCUUCUUAUUUACGUCCCUCUCAUUCUUUAAAAUUUCAGAACGCUCCCCAACCUUUUUUCCCGUGCCCGACUUCCUUCCCCCUCGACAAUUCUACGUUGAAAAUCCCCACUAAAUUCAUCGAAAUCCCCAAAACACCCUCCACAGAGUCACCAUUUUCCACCUCCACCUCCACCUCCUUCUCCUCGAUCUCUAAAAUCUUCCUUUUUGCCUUCAACAAUUUCUCAGUCUCUUGCCCUAAUUUUCUCUCUCUUCCACGAAUCCAACCAAAAAUCGACUGAUUAUCGGGAAAAGCGAGAGAAACAGAGAGAGAGAGAAAGAAUUGUUGAUAUAUGGAGAGGAUCGUCGGAGAGAAGUACAAGCUCGGUCGCAAAAUCGGAAGUGGAUCGUUUGGUGAAAUCUUUCUCGCUACUCAUGUUGACACGGGUGAAACUGUCGCGGUAAAGAUCGAAAACAGGCAGACAAAGCAUCCGCAAUUGCUAUAUGAAGCCAAGCUGUAUAAUAUUCUUCAAGGAGGAAGUGGUAUUGCACACAUAAAAUGGUGUGGAGUAAAUGGGGAUGAUAAUGUUCUUGUGCUUGACUUGCUGGGACCGAGCCUGGAAGACUUGUUUGUCUACUGUGGGAGAAAGUUUUCAUUGAAAACAGUCUUAAUGUUGGCUGAUCAAAUGAUUACGAGAAUAGAAUUUAUGCAUGCUAAGGGGUUUCUGCAUAGAGACGUCAAACCAGAUAAUUUCCUCAUGGGACUCGGAAGGAAAGCAAAUCAGGUCUACAUCAUUGACUUUGGUCUUGCCAAAAGAUAUCGUGAUCCCAACACAAAUCGACAUAUUCCUUACAGGGAGAAUAAAAAUUUAACAGGGACUGCACGGUAUGCUAGUUGUAAUACUCAUCUUGGAAUUGAGCAAAGCCGUCGGGAUGAUUUGGAAUCACUUGGCUAUGUUCUUUUGUAUUUCUUGAGAGGAAGCCUUCCUUGGCAGGGUCUAAAAGCUGCUACAAAGAAGCAGAAGUAUGAUAAAAUAUGCGAGAAGAAGUUAUCGACACCAAUAGAGGUCUUGUGCAAGUCACAACCUGUGGAGUUUGCAUCAUACUUUCACUAUUGCCACUCUUUAACAUUUGAUCAGAGGCCUGAUUAUGGAUUCUUGAAGCGUCUGUUUCGAGAUUUGUUUACCCGGGAAGGAUAUGAGUUUGAUUUCAUAUUUGACUGGACAAUUCUAAAGUACCAGCAGACACAAAGGACAAAGACACAUCCUCAAUCAUCUGAUUUGCGGCCUUUUUCUGGAACAAGUAACAGUCAAGCAAUGACCAUGGAUAAGCUUAAAGGAAUCAAGGAUGCUUCUUAUUCAGGUGAAAUUAUGGAGCACAGAGGACCAAGUAAUCUCGGUCAUCCAGAUGUUCGUAUGCAGUUUAGACCAUUGGUUCAGCAAAAUAUGAGUGAGAAACAUAUGGGGAGCAGUACAGCAAUACCAUCCACUUCAUUUGCUCUACCUGGUGCCUUGAGAAAGAAUCUGCCCAAAGCAGAGGGGCCAACUGACGCUACAAAUAGUGGCCGUGGACUUGGGAACAAGACCGGUGCUUCAAGCAGCUGGAUGCCAUCAUUUCACAGAAUAUCUUCAGCUAAGUGAUUGGGAACCCAGAGCUGGUGUUGCAAGUGUCAUGAAGUUUGGACGUUGGAUAGCUCAAUAUCUUUGCUGAGAGAUGGCAGAUUGUAUCAUAUGCUUUCCACGAGGUGACCAUGAUGGGGC